AUGAUUCGACAAUCUUCGGGAUCCGUGGGGAGUACCUCGCCGGCGCAUACUCCGCAAAUCAACAGACCAGUCGGUCCCAGUCGUCUGAGCGCAACACCACUCACCGAAACUCCGCCGACGAGUACUAGCGCUGGCAGAGACGGCACACCGGCAUCAGACAAAAUAUUGUCUGGCCGCGUGAAGAAGACACCACGCAAAGUUGCCAAGAGAAAGGAAGAUGUCUUGAACGAGAAGGAGAAAGAAGAGGAGAGUCGGCAGCUGGACGAGAUGGACGAGGAAAGGAAAUUAUUCCCAGGCAGUGACAGCUGGACAGACGAAGAGCUCAGACUCUUUCAGAUUUUAUACAUGAGGCAGUACAGUCCUCUACUGCCAUCCCACUGGGACAUGGACUUUCGAGGCAUUCCCAUCCCGGAUGUUCUCUUUGCAAGCUCUGAUGCGCACCCGCCCAUCAUCAACUCGAGAUGUGGGAAUGACUUCAAGGCGACAAGAGCACUUGCUCGUCUCAUCGAGCUGACGGCGCAUGUGCGAGGCUUCUGCCAGACACGUCAGAGACAUAGAGCACGAGCUCUAAUUGAAAGGGAACUCCAUGAAUAUGCCAAAUGGGCCGAACAAGAUGGGGGAUAUGACAGCCUCGAGUAUUUGCCGAAUCUCAUCAUCGACAUGGUGGACACCAGCAAGUCGCUUCAGGCCAUUGAGGAGCACAUGCAAUUGCGUCUCAAAGCUGCUGCCGCUACUCAUCGCUCUCACUGGAGGAAAGAUAAGGUCGAUUCUGCCAACAGCGAACAAAAGAGUGCCGGAUACCGAACUGACGACGAGGACGAAGAUGCCGACCCAGAGGACAAUAGAGUUGUCCUUGUACCCGACAAGUAUCUGACGCCGUCACCACAAAAGUCGCAGGCAUUGCGCCCUUCGACCCCUCCACGCGACGGGAUCGGUCACGAAGAUGACCGGAAGCACGAAGCUUCGGGCAGGAAGCUCAUCAGUCCAGCGAGGCAAUUAUCGGCUGGGCAGGAAGAACAGUACAGCCGUCGACCGCCGGUGCUAUAUGGGCUUUUCAUUGUCAAUACGUCUGUUAUGGUGCUUACCAUUGACUCGGCGAAAGAAGGGGAAGAAGCCUACGUUAGUUAUCAAGUCGAGGUUGGCUUCAGCAAAAAUUACCAGGCAGUUUGGAAUGCCAUCACCAUUGCUAUAGUGGUUUGCCUCGCAAGAGACGCGAUGAUGGACAUGAAGGAUUACUUCAACUCGUCAUUCAUAAACGGGGACAGCGACCCUGACGCUUGA